AUGAAUCGCUUUAAGAACAAGAAGAAGGGUGCGAAGGACCUGGACUCGGCCGACCCACGCCCUUCCCUCGAGUCCGAGUCCUCCUUCUCCCUCUUUCGCCGCGGAAAGAAGAAUCUUGAGCAGGAAGCGAAACAAGAAAUUGACCUGUCCCUGGCGCUGCCUUCUAAUGAUGACUUCCGUACAAGUCUCCUGAUGAACGGCCUCUCGGCGCGCUUCUCGAUGCUCCGUGAGCAAGACGACCCGAACAGCAAGAUUGGCAAAGCUAGUGACGACAGCGUCUUGUUUCCGAAGCGUCAGUCACGACUCGCAGACUUCGGUUUCAGCGGUGGGAAUGCCCUCGGCGAUAUAGCCGAGGUCGAGUCGAUCAGGGCCCCUCCAUUCAUGCGGACAGACUCCAUAGCCUCCAAUGAGUCCGGCGGGGUGAUGACGAGGUCAAGACCCUUGGAGAGCAACGUCCUGUUUGGCGGCAGACAGAAGAUCUACAAGAUUGCAGCUGGCACUGCCUCGACGAAGAAUGUUGCUGACGGUAUGAGUGGGCGCGCCCUAUACGACGACGACGUCUCCUUGUCCGCAUUUCAGAAAUGGAGACAGGCGGAGAAGGAUAAGGAGGCAGGGAUGAUGAUGUGCGGCGAUGAUGAAGAAGAUGGCGAGAAGACGAUAAGCAACGAGGCUAGAGGGACGGAGGAUGCAUCCUUCAUCACGAGAUCCGAGUCUCCAUUGCCCCCUGGCUACAACAAGAAGAGGGAGACUUCUUCAACGACCUCAUCCACCCCAUCUGGCGGCCGAAACUCGACCGCUGCCACUUCGAUUGUCUCACAGUCAAACACAGCUUCCAAGGACAUCCACUCACAGCAGACAGCAACAUCCUCGGCGGCUUCAACACCCUCACUGGACCGACAUGUCACCCGGACUCGCAGAUUGUAUGAGCAGGGCUUGACCCAGGACCUCCAAGAACAGCAGCACUCGGUCCUCUCACGGGUGGACACGCUGGCGCGCCGCCCUGGAGGCGCUCGCACGCCCGAGCUGGGGCCCAAUUCUCCUUCUCCGACCAUGCAGACUUUUACGGAUCGGUGGGCGGCCUAUGGAGGUGAGCGUCGGACCGUCGUCACCAAGGGUAGCGCCCCGAAUCUGCGGUCCAUCAGCCCACCAGCCACUGGUCCUCUCAACGGAUCCAUGACAUUGAAUACGCGUGUCUCGAAUGUUACAGAUGGAAAGCCUGGAGUCUUCACACCCCCGCCCCUGAGUCCUCCGAUCAGCGAUGCCGGCACGGGUGAGCAAGUCCCACUCAAUAUUCAACCACAGGACCUCGGUAAAGCUACCGCCAUGAACAUGUUUCAGAAGCCGAACGCAACCUACGACGAUUCCAAGUACGCCGAGAGGCAACGUCAGCUUCAGAUUGGCCGAGAAACGCCCACGCGGAGAUUCCAUGACGACCCUGAUCUCUCAUUCUCUGAGUCUCGUUCUCAGUCAGAUGCUUCCAACCGGAGGCAGGAGGUGGACACCAGACCAGCCAUCGUAUCAGUACCAUCAGACCAGGACAAGGCGGCGUCUGCACAACAGGAUGCUGAAGUUCCUUCAUCUGGCGAGACUAUCGAGUCGCCCAUCCUGAAUGAGCAUGUCUUCUCAAACCAGACUUCCCCCGAAGUUAGAUUGGAGCGACCGUCCGAUCAAGAUCAUCCCGCCUUUCGGAAUCCAGCACCAGCCUCGACGCCAAUGUUUCCCUCCAAAGCGAAGGAGCAGCAGUGGCCUGCGAAGGCCGGCCUGCUUUCUGUUGGGCUCCAGGCGCCGACUCUGGCGGAUUCCCCAACGCUGGGACCUAAUGUGGGCCUGAGUGGCAUGGUACGGCAACACUUGCGCUCAGAAAGCGAUGUCUCGUCAAUCUAUGCCCCACACAACGAUGCACAGUCUCCGCCCAGUAGACGCGACGAUCCUCUCAAGCCCAAGAAGCCCUGGGAGGAGUCAGCAUGGACUGCAUCUCCGGAAGCUGCUGUUGAGCAGAGCCCUCCCGACGCAAGAAAGCCCGCGUUGUCCAAAAGAGAGGAGUCGACAAUGGCGCAACCCGAACCAAGAACGUUCCUCGACUCGCCACGUUCCCCAGAUGAGGAGGAUGAAUUUGCCAGUCAACUAGCCAAUGCACGCCGACGUGUAAGAGAGAAGCUCACCUCGUUUGUGGAGACCGACGCCCAGUCAUUCUCGCCGCCAACAGUGGCAGCGCCCACAAGUGACCUGCCGACCCCGCCGCCACGGUCAAAUCCUCUGGGUAUUUUGAAAGUCAAGAGUAGCCGCGGGUCCCUGAUCGACCGAGGCCGGGAGGCUGUACCGCAUUCUAUCAAGGAGCACGAUGAGACCAAUGAUACCGAGGCGCGGUUGAACGAAGAGGAGGAUGCGCACCCCAGCCUGAGAGCCUUCCGACAGGCAAGGCGGGAAGUUCAGAGGCGCAAGGAUCUCGAGGCGGGGGCCAGAUCUUUGCCGCAAAUGGGACAACCAAUGAUGCCUGCACCGCUGGAACAAAUGUCUGGGGCUCCUGGGCCACGACGAGGAACAUCACGCACUCCCAGCAGCGAGCGUCAGACCGUCAAUCCCCGCCAAUAUCGACAGAUGAGAGAGAACUCUCCGCAAGAUGCACCUCUACCGCCUCGAUCGCGAUCCAAAGUCGCUCGAGACCGUAGCGAGUCUGAGAACAGCGAAGGUUCAGGUCGGUCACGAAGCGGGCCUCCGCCACCCAGAUCGAGGGAUCGUCCGGAGUACAGAGACGGCCAGCCUAUGCCUGCGGAGAUGCUCAGUGCUCCGGGCCAGCACAGCCCCAUGAUUCGGUCUCCAGGAUUGCCUGGUACCGAUAUUCGACGUUCACCUCAUAUGCCGCCCGUUGCUGCCUUUCCAAAUGGUCCCCGCGGCAAUACUCCAGCGGCGUACCAUGAUAGCAAUGGCCCUUCACCAACUAUGAGAAGCCAUCCAGGAAGGUCAAUGACCGGGCCCAUGCCUUCUGGGCAAUUCCCUCUCUCUCCUCAAGGCGGAAAAUUCGACCAACCCCGCGGCCCCUACCAACCUAAUCACGCGUCUGGAUCAGCCCCUGCGACACCUACUGGCCCGCUCCCGAGACGCCCCUCUGUCGCCACCAACUCCCAUGCGACUGCAACCGGCUCGACGCUUACGGACUCGAUGAAGAGGGUCGUGAAUAAGAAGGACAUCUCAGAGCCAACAUUUGUGAUGUCGACGUCCCGAGUUCCGACGACAAACUUACCGUCUUCUGCUGCAGGGGGCAACAGGUCGAGAAGUGGAAGCGUCGCUGACCCCGGCUCACCACCACCUCUGCCACCAGUCAACCCGAGGCGGAGGCACAACGCUGCUUUUAGUGCGAGCUCGCCACAACUGCCUCUCGUGCCCCCUCCGGCAGCUCCUUUCGCCCAGACCGCUGAAGGAGACUGGAACAGCGCCUUUUCGGCAAACGACGAAAGUCGACGCAGGCUGCGAAAGGCCAGUUCUGAGAUGAAAAUGGACGCGCGAGCCACUAUAGGUCCUGGCAAGCGGAUCAGCCCCCCACAGGUUGCUGUCGGUCCGCCGGCCGGCAGAGCC